CGGGUGGCUUUCCAAAUUGGCACGGAGGGAGUAAGUUUUUCAAGCGAAAAAUAAAGAGAAAAGUAAUGGGGUUUCAUUGAAACUAGUACUGGUUAACAAAUUUGUCCAUUAAGGCGAGUGGACUACUUACUUAGGGCAGGGAGGAAGAAGAGAAGAAUGCCGUUCAUAUCGCAAAUAGAGAGGCAAACAGAUUACAGUUCCUUCAACUCAAGUUGCCCUAUUGUCAUUGACAAUGGCGCUUCCUAUUUCCGUCUUGGGUGGGCAGGUGAGAAUGACCCUCGCAUUAUCUUCCGUAAUAUUGUUCAGAGGCCUCGCCACAAAACCACUGGUGAAACAGUAACAGUUGUGGGUGAUCACAAUCCUGCACUUCUGAAGUACUUUGAUUGCACACGUUCAGGACCUCGUUCAGCAUUUGAGAACAAUGUUGUUUAUCAGUUUGAGCUAAUGGAAUAUAUCCUGGACUUUGGGUUUGAUCGGUUAGGUGCUGAUCAGUCACAGAUUGACCAUCCUAUCUUAAUUACUGAAUGUGCUUGCAAUCCAGUUCAAUCUCGUGGCAAAAUGGCUGAGCUUCUCUUUGAGUCAUAUGGAGUUCCUUCAGUAGCAUUCGGUGUAGAUGCUGCAUUCAGCUAUAAAUACAACCAACAGCUUGGAAUUUGUAAUGAUACAGGCCUUGCAAUCAGCUCUGGAUUUAACACAUCUCAUGUCAUCCCGGCAAAUGUCCAAAAAUUGGAUGGUAAAGCAGCUUGAUGAAGUAGUGUUUUGGCGGUCUCGAUAAGGUGACGAUGGCAUCUUUCCGCCACGGAAACCCUUUGAGGUGUAUGGGGGAGAAACAAGAUGUUGUAUGCCAUUGGAAUGGAGGUAGGGUUCUAGUGUUUGAUAUUCACCUCCACCAUCCGUGUAGUGAGCGUUUUUUUGUCAAAAUGUUUUUCAAGCACAGGAUGCAGGUUUUGAAAAAUUUGUUGAACCUCAUUUUUGUUUUUCAUUGUGUAUAACCAGAUGUACAUACUAUAGUGAUCAACAAAAAUACAGUAGUUCUCUUUUUAUCAAUUGAGAGCACCGGAUAUGGCCCCCACAAAUCACUAUAAAUUGUUUUUAAUGGAAAGUUGCUGGAGAAUGUGUUUGAAUAAAAUGGAAAUCUGUGGGCUUUAUUGCAGCAACAAGAAUUACAAUAAGUAAAUUUGUCUUUCGAGGAAUAAGAAAGACUGGAAUUAUUUAGAACUGAAAAUAAAACUCGAGAAUGGGGCUGACCCAAUCUUCGAUGCCACAAAUGUAAGGAAGGGCCGGUAACAGCUACGUUGAUGGUUGGGCGAGACAGUAACGGCCGUUCGUAGAGUCCUUUAUUCAGGCCGCACAGAAGAGGUGUUCCCGUAGUCAGA